AUGUCAAUCGAUAAAAUUAUUGAUACUGAAAAAUCUAAACAAGUGUUACAAAAUCGAAAAAAUAUAAUGCCGAUAAUUGAAGCAAUUAUCCUGUGUGGUCGUCAAAAUCUAGCACUAAGGGGACACCGCGAUUUUGGAAAGAUUGAAAUAGACUCUUCAAACAAUGAGGGUAACUUCAGAGAAAUUUUACGUUAUCGUGCCAAGGGUGAUAUUGAAAUGCAAGCCUAUUUGGAAGGUCCUGGAAAAAUGAAGUAUAUUAGUCAUCGAAGCCAAAAUGACAUGAUUGAUGCUUGUAAUAAGGUUUUAUUAAAUAAAGUGGUUUCUAAAGUCAACGCGGCAAAAUGCUUUUCAAUUCUUGCUGACGAAACUGCUGACAUUUCAGGAAUCGAGCAAGUAUCUUUAUGCGUUAGAUAUAUUGAACUGAAUACAUUGACUCUUACUGAAGAAUUUUUGCAAUUUAUUCCAACAUCUGAUAUGACGGGAAAGGGAAUAGCCAAUUUAAUCUUAGAAAGUCUUAAGCAAUUUGGAGUUGAUACAAAAUAUUUACGUGGACAAGGUUAUGAUGGGGCAGCAGCGAUGUCAGGAAAAUAUAACGGUGUCCAAGCUCACACAAGAGAAAUAUAUCCAAACGCCAUUUAUGUGCAUUGCUCUGCUCACUCGCUAAAUUUGGCCGUUUCCAAAUCUUGUAGUGUUCCAGAAAUUCGUGAUUGUUUGGGAAUAAUUGGGAAAAUUCGUGAUUUUUUUAUCUUUCCAAAAAGAAAAUUCAUCUUAACAUCAAAAAUUGAUAGCUCUUCACUAUCUGAAACAAAAAAAAAACGCUAA